CUUCCUUCUUAGUCUUAGAGAUAUUGUGUCAUUAGCAGGGAGGUAUCCUUUAUGUUUUUCUAUUUAUCUAGAGCUUUUAUGUCGGCCGCAGUCAUUUGGGUCCCUUCGUAAGUGUGGUCCGUUGAGAAUAGAAUGCCAUCAAGCAUGUUGGACUCAAAUCUUUGUCCACCAAAGGCGAAAAAAUUCGCCCAUAGUUGCCGAAACGCCAGCUCAGGGAGGCUUACAUACUGCGUACCGCCUCAACAUAAAUUAUCAACCAACACAAGGAUUUUUCAACCCGAGGAAAUGGAGUCUAGGAUUAUUUUACCGCCAUCGUUGUUGACUCAUUUAAGCGAAGAGGUUCUUGUGCUUAUUUUGGAGUAUUUGGACUUUAGGAGUCUUGUAAUGUUGGGCAAAACUUGCCGACUUUUUCAUCGACUCUGCCUCUCAGAUCUCAUAUGGCGUCAUCGAUGUAGGGUAAGUUAGUGGUAUUUUGAGUUUCUUUGUUAGUUUCGAAGAAGCGAGUCAUUGUUUUAAUACUUACAUCGUUUGGUUACGAUUUUCUCUGUAGUUCUGCUUAUUUCCUUUACUCUUCCGAUCGCCACCCCUAACUCGUGAAGUUUUAGAAAUUCUCGUUCCACGAGUUGCUCUCUUCGCCCGGUUAUCUUACUAAUGAUGUUUGUUAGCCCGCUAAAUUUUUAGGACUCUUUGACAGAGUUUCGGCGUAAAAUACAGCGGGAAAGAAUGAAAUAAGGGUGCUGGGUUUGCUCUCCUUACUCUCCUUUGUUUUGUCCGCCUCGGAGGAGGCAGCGAAAUGUUUUACAUUUCCAUUUCCGAUCCAUAUACCAUGCGGUAGUUUUACCCGUUCGGGCAGAGUAUCUGACAGAAAUUUGCUCUUUCUUCUCUCGGAGUGUUUUGAACUUAUCGACGUAGUUAUUGCUAUAUACAGAAUAAUCCUGUUUUUGUCAAUCUGUCGCUAGGUUAAUGAUGGUUUCGUAGAAUUCGUGCGUUAUAAACAUUCGAGUAACGAAGAGGGCAAGUGCCUUCACGAAGAUCUAAUAUAUUAUUCAAGAUAUGAAAGCUGCCAAGAAAUUCGAGCUUUAUUUCUUUUGGAUAUUUUUCUUUUAAGACUAAGGGAUGAAAGUACGAUAGAAUCUGUUGAUUAGGGCGCGAGGAAGACUCAUGAAACGGCUAAAACAGCCGAGCCUAUUCACCGCCUGCUGUAUCCGGGUUGGGAGGAAAGAGGGUGUUUCGCAUUUCUAUUCGUCGGCGUGCCUCGUUUCAUGUAAUGAUGGUGGGUUAUUGAAAUGGUAAUGAAGAGAUCGAUUUCAGUGAAUACAAGUGGUUGGUGUUCAAUAGACGACUUGUGUUGAAUUCUGCGAGAGAAGAGUUUUGUUCUUGUGAUAGUUUAUGGCGCGUUUGGCAUAUUUUACGGACGUGACAAUGUGCCCCCAUUUCCCCUUUCAACUCUAUAUGCCUUCGCUACCGAGACAUGGGCUUGGUGAUUUUCACCAUCCUCCGUAAACACGGUGUUGAUUUUGUUUGGUACAAGAGCUUAUCCAAGUGCUGAAAUAUGCACAGCUUUUUUUCAACAGAAGACAUGAAUAAAUAAAUUGAGGCUUUUUGAAAGGAAAUUUUCGCGAUAUUAUCGCGACCGGAAUCAAUUGUUUUGUGUUUCUUUGGCCAGGUCUAUAGCAGCUGCACCGUGUUUAGCCAUCGAAAUAGAACCUAUGUUUUCUCUCUUCAAAUUCCCUGCUUGUUGUUAAUUACACAUAAUUUUUUUGUCCUCAAAAGGAAGGAGGCAAUUUUCAUGUUUAUCUUAAAGGCAAUCUCUCUUCGUAAGCUGUCUUUUAAGAGCAAUGAAAAGAAAGGGUCCUCGUGGAACCGUUUUCUACCUUUAAGGGUUUUUCCCAACCUCCACUUUCGCACGGAAAGCUCUCUGCGCUAAAUUUUCUGCGGCUGUUCAAGAUAUAGAAUUUCCAGGUUUAAAUGAUUGAUUUAAAAAUCCCAAAUACAAAGAACUUUAAUAAUAAAACUUCUCAUAAUGAAACUUGCCAAUUUUUGUAAGAAUAAUCUUGGGAAAGCAAAGGUAACUUUGAACUGAGUAGCACAACAAAAUUUUGCUACAAUGAAAGUAGUUUUACCUCACUGCUCAUCACAGUAAAAUAUAAUACUAGCUGAAUUAUAAAAAAUUCCAUACUCUCAUAUUUAUUAUGGAAACAUAAACAUGGCAAGUAAAGAACUCUUCAUGGAUGUUUAGGAUUUUAUGAAAGGAGAAUUUGAAAUAUUAUCAAAAGUCAAAUUUGCAUUAUAGUGCAAAGAGAGUUGUUGAAUUUAUGAGGAAAAAUGUGAAUUAUGAAUUAAAGGAACUUACCAGCAGUAUCAGGAUCUGGGGCAUAACUACACUGAUAUUUCAAAUAGUUUUGGGUUUUCAUGUUCUUUGUUCUAAAUAAACUACUGUUGUUUUUCUCAUAAAAGAUCUGCUCUUCUUUGAUAUUGCAGACUUUUCCUUGUGCUGUCAAUCAAAAUAAUUGAGAGUCAAAUUUAUGAAACAAAUGAAACUUGUAAAACUUGAAAGAUAUUGUUUUCACCAGGGAACUGAGCUUAGAUGUGGUAUUACAUAUGCUUAAGGGUGUAAAUCUGUGUAUAUCACAAUAGGCAUGGAUUGUUUCAAUCAAGCUGUUUUGCUGUUGUUGCUCUUUGGAAUUCUAAUGGUACAUUGGUAACUGUGCAAUUUUCUUAUCUUAUGUUAGUUGAAGUGCAGUCAGUCUAGUUGAUUUGUUCAUGUUUGGGCAAAUGUUGUUUAUAUUUAAGAAAUAAAUUUUGCGCUAACUUCAAUGGUAGACAACUCAUAUUGGUGGAGCCUUCAUUGCAAUCUUUUCAAUUAUUUGUUAAUUGUGCCUGGAGGAUGUGGUCAACCAUUUAAGGUAGAUUUUGUCUAGAACCAUGGAAGAACCCUUAAAUAUAUUUAAUUUUGAUAAAGUUUAAAUAACCCCUUUAUCUUCUAUAAAGUAAAUCACAUCUGUCAAGUGGUGGUUUUGUCACACCUAAGAAUCUACUAUUGGUAGGUUGUUCUUAUUACAUGCACUUGGAAGACAUAAAUAUGUCAUAAGUACCAAAGUAGAAUUUAUUUGUCUCAAACAUUCAUGUCAUUCAAACUUUGGUAUUUUCUUUUACAGGUGGAUUUUGGUCUCAGAACAAGAUGGCCAGAGUACACUUUCAUUUACCUCUACGAAAUGUUCUACAAAGCUGAAGUACUUAAAAAUGAUCAUAAUUUUUUCAGACCAGUAAGUCAACUUAAAACAUCUGUUAUUGUUUGGUAUCUGUUGAAUCCUGUUCCUCCUUCACAAAGCGUGAGCCAUUUAACUGCAAGCCAGGCCAAGUCAAUAUGGGGAUUAACAGAUGAGGAACUUGAAUCAAAUUACCAUGACACAGACAGAGGUAAAUUUUGCUUACUUCCUAGACUUCUAAUUAUAAUAAAGCUUGUGUUAAAAAAGUGGACUCUCUCAAUAACAUCCUAGGAUGUUUAAGUAUGUGUUGACUGGUAUCCACAGCUUAAAUACUCCUUUAAUCAUACAAUGCAAAACAUGUUUUCUGGUUUUUUCGCAGACAAGCACACAUGCUAUAAUUUGUUUUUAUAGAGUGUUUUUGCUCAGUGAUAGCCGUUAACCAAAUCAGUUUUGAUAUUAGUAUGUUCAUUUGUUAAUUUUAGUAUAUUUCUGUUAUUUUCUUUUGCAGAAAGAGCAAUGCAAGAAGAUUUUCCUUCUAAUUACUAUGAAUGGACUAGCUUAUACAAACUUUUUGUUCGUAAACAUGAUGGAAUCAGACAAAUGCAGACUUAUGUUCUUAAGCGAUGUCUGAGAAAUCGGCAAGCCCUUGAGGAACACUUUCAACUUUCUUUGCAUUCUUCACGACAACAGAAAUGGUAUCAAUUUUUAGAGGACAGGGAUGCUGGAAAUAGAAAGGCACUUAAAGCCUUAACAGAGCACAUGCCAAGGGUAACUCACAGCUACAUGUUACAUCAGGUAUUACCAUUAGAAGGGGUGAUACAGAGAAAAUCAGUGCUGUUGGAAAAGUUGGCAUAGGCAUAAUAUUUGAAAUCUUCACUUUUAGUGGUAGUGGAGUCCUCUUUUGUUACAUUAGGGAAUCAUAGCCUUCAAUUUUUUUACAAUUGGUGGUGUAUACAAAUCUUAGAUUUGAACUUUUACUUUUGCCUGCACUAUUAUUAUAAAUUCAGCAACAAUACAAAUGUACUUGUUACAUUUUCUUUCAUUUUAUUGAUUUAUUUCUACAUGUAUUUGAUUGUUGGACAAACAAACUCAAUACCAAAGGGUGAGUGAGCAAGAAGAGACACUUGCUCAGAUGGUGUAUCUACUUGCCCUGAAAAAAACUGGAUAUUGUUUCUUGUGCCUUGAAUGGUGGCACUUGCUGGUAUUGCUUAUGCUGCAUCUGUCUUUUUUUGUGUACUUCAGAUCACAGCAAUGUACAUAGAUGGACACCUCAAAGGUGGUUUUCAGACUGUAGAGGCAUAUGCUGGAUUCUGUGGCUACUUCAAGAACUGGCUGGAUACCAAAAGCAUCAAGCUAAGCGUGCCGCGCCAAGGGGAAUUGGUGGCUGAAGAUUACAGAGCUUGUCUGGAGUACGUCAACAGUGAGGUAACUGAUGUUUUGAACAUACAAAUCUUGUGUCAGUAUUUUACAGAUCAGAUUGCUCAUUUGAAGGAUUUUUACUUUAGGUGGAGAUUUUGUUUUGUUCUGGAUGUGAAAGGAAAAAAGUGCCAUAAUGUAUUCCUCGGGGAAGUGGUCUCUCUGAUAAAUGCAAUUAUCAAUAAAAACAAGUUCUAUCCAUAUUCUCUCAUUGUCCAAACCAAGCAACAUUUGUGCUAAACUGAGAUAUUAUAAUUCACAAUUUAGACAAGUUCUGGUCAAUUAAUUUUCUUCGAGGUUUUUAACUUGCAUUUUUGAAUCUGUGCAUGCAUGUAUGUGCAUUAGCAAAGUUGGUGCAUACAAAAGAGGAUGUUUACUGAAUUCACCUAUAUUUCACAGCUUGCAAAACAUGCAGAAGAAAUAGAGUUGACUGUGAAUGAUUUUAUGAGUAAAGCCAAGCCAUAUGUGGAGAGACUUCAUGAAGUAUGGAUGUGGCAAAACCAGAAUGACACAGGUUACAGGAAGGAACACAGACCCUCCUCUGUGGUGAGGCGCCACAAGUGUUACAGGUAAGGUGCAAACUAACACACAAAACAUAACUUGUAGUAAGGGGGGGUAUGUUCUAUAAAAACUGUGGUACUGCAUCAAGGGGGGGAACCAUAAGAUAAUCUGGUUUUAUCAAAUGAGUAGAAAAUGGAAAUUGGCCACUGUAAAUAGACGGUGUUAGCUGUUUGCUAAAACAAAUUACUCCUAAUGGCAUAGUUUCUUAAUUAAAGUCAGUGUGGCUUUCUUGGGUAUUUGUUUACCACAAGCAAAGUCAGUUGGCACAAACAGCAAAGUUUUGUGGCAGGUCCUUUUCUUGCUUUGUUAUUUAAGUGGCACUAUUAUUUUUUACCAAUUUAAAUUGGACUAUAGAGGUUAGCCCAAUUAAGGAAUUUCAUUAAAUGUUUCUUUGCUUUGAUGAGAAGUUCUGCUAUGUUGUGGUCAUUUUCUACUGCUGUUAUGCUUCAGUGAAAUAGAAUUCUCCCACAGCAGUUUCUUAUUAGUUGGUUUUUCAUGGAUUUCUGUAGCUUCCUAGGACUACCAAAAACAAGUGAAGUGCUCUCAUUUGACAUUUUAGAGAUCUAUUGCAAACACUAUGAAGCAUAUUUGAUGUUUUGUGAAAAUCAGACCACUAGUAUAUGAAUACAGCUGGCUGUCCAUGUACAUCACUUUCACUGAUAGACAGUAGUAGAAUGUCCCCUUUGUUACCCAGAUAACAGCUCUAGGUCCUACAGCGAACUUAAUCAAUAAUGAUAUUAUGUUCAUAAGUAACAGUGAUAAUCUUUGCAAUUCCAAACACCUCCCAUCGGUUACAAAUUGAAAAUAUUUGUCUGGCCUGUUUCAUACCAAUAUUGUAGUCUCUUUAAUUCUUUGUGGUCAAAAAAACAUGGAUAGAAUCGUUGUGGAAAUUUCAUAUGACAUGAGUUCACUUGUUUUUAGUGAGUCUAUUUUCCUCUUUGAGCUUCUGUUACUGUGUAAUCGUUUUAGUUUUGUGAAAUACAUCAAAACAUUGCCCUCGGCUAAGAGCGGUAUUGGUCGUUGAAGGAUGCCGUGCUCACAGCUUACUUCAAGUAAUCGUUAGUUAUUUGCCAUUAUCAAAAAUAAUUUGAUGGUAUUGUUGGUACAGCUGGAGAGCAAUCUUGAGAUUUUUUAAAGAGAUUAGGUAGUUCAUUCUGCCCGGUAACGACAUCCCUCAUGGAUUAUGAAUUGAACAAUUAUGAUCCAGACACCAAAUACAUUCGCGUAGUUUGUCUGUCCACUUAUAUUGCAAAACCUCGAGGCGGCCGAUGAAAGCUUCGUCCGUUCACUAGGGGCUGCAUGCCUUUGGUGAUUUUUACCGCAAUCUGUAAUUAACACUACAAACAUUGUUGGUGUUUCUAAAAUAGUUCUGAUGAGGAGAGUAUUGAGAUUGUGUCGUUUUUGUUUUAAUUAAUGAGCCACUUGAAAUAUAGUGAAGGUGUUCUUUUAUGUUUAUUCACAAGGCACGUAAGUACUUCAUCUCAAUAGCUUUUCGCUUAUAGCGCUGCUCUUUGUUUCGUGGCGGUGGGUCAGUUAAUUAGGUAGAGUUGGACAACAGAGCCCAGCUGUUUACCUCUUCACACGUGAAGAGACCGCAUAGCUUGAUGAAAAUGUUACUGGAGUACUUGUUGUCGUUUUUUAGAAGCAACCAUGUUAACAUGUUAAUUGUAGCUUUUUAUGUUACUAAUUCCAUUCAAUGACAGAGUAUCGUUACGUUAUACAAGCAGUGGUCUUUGCGGAAGUUCUUUGGUUUCAACAAACACACAUAUUGCACGAGCAGUUCAUAAGUUCGUCACUUGAACGUAUUUGCUUUCAGUCGUGUGCUAAACAACAAGUAUCACCAAACCCAACCGAACGUCGUCUCGAGUGCCUAUCACUUGAGUAUUUUGAUGAUCCCUGAUAUUUUAACUUCUGACCACAAUCGAGCGAUAAUUAGUGAUAUUAGACCUGCAUGACAAAGCCACAAGACCAACAUCGCAAGCGGACGUACAUACCUUGCAUUCAAAUUAUGGAAUUAAUACCCAAGGUUCGCUCCCGGCGUCAAAUGUGAAUGUGAAAGGAUUUAUUGACCUGAAUGGUGUGGUGAACAAGCGCCGCAUUCCCCGCAGAUUAAAUAUACUCACCUGCAUAAUCGUUAUUUAGUUUUGCCAUUCAAGUAGAACGUCUUUUUUUCAAUUCCGAUUCUUUAAUAUCAAAAGGUAAAAAUGCAUUAAGCUCUUAUCCAGAUAGUUCGAUAUUACUAAGAGCGGGAUUUGAAGUGUUUUCCUGAUCACGUCCACGUAGUGCUCACCAUCGUGUUUCAAAUUCUUGUGAAUUAAAACGUGUUACUUGUAUUUGAAGUGUCUGUGUAUCAUCUACUAUAGUUUUUUAUUUUCCUAUAACAAAUAGGAAAGAUUGGUGGCGGAUGGAAAAUUACCUGUUGUCUUCUUUAUUACAGAAAUCAGACUAGUGUGUCUCUUAUUUAACUCAAUUAAAAUAUUUUGCUUCGUUUAUUGUUAGAGAGCAAGAGAAGUUUUAACAAUCCCUUGUAAAUUUGGUGCAAUGCUUAUCAGACUUGCUUUUUUUUCAAAUUUCUCAACUCCGCCUUAAUUAUUUCCUUUCAAACAUUUCGAUGUUUACAAAAUGUUCACACCUAUUCUUUUCCCUAAGGGAAUUUCUGGAGAAAGGAAAUAUGGAGGAUUUCAACCGUCUCAAGAUGUACUUUGAAAGAAAAGAGAUCGUUGUAGCGUGGUUUAAGGACAACAGCUGGUUACACACUCUUCUCGGAGAUUUUGUCAUGAGACCUUUGAGGCCGGCGUGUUUAUCAUCAGACCUAUCGUCUUCACACUUCUCGUCCGAUUGCGUGUCUGGACUGGUUCAGAGGUAACAAAUUCUUAACAGUUGUUCUAGUUUUUGGAAUGGGCGAUCAAUUAAGAAUUCUUGAUCGUGCGAAUCUUGAGUGAACGAUACGAAAAUGCUCUGGAGUCCGGUCGUUAACCCCAAACCUUCCGCUGAUAACAUGCGCACAUUCUUUUGGUUACUUAGGCCGUUUUAGGAAUUUGUACCACGGCUGAUUCGUUCUUUAUGAAAACAUUCGGAAUGCGUGGGAUAUUGGUCACAAGUACCAAAACUUCAAAAGUAUUGAUGGGUGAUCUGUGGCACAGGUGACACAGGUGACUAGUUCACCUAUGCCGGUUCACAAUCAUUGAUUGGCGCUAACUAAGCAAAUAAGUUCUACCCUUUUCAGUAGAUCUGUGCCUACAAUGCCACUUUACUUGUGGUUUCCCUCUCAGACUGCCGCCCCACACCGCUAGGCUGGGUUACCUUGUGCUUCUUACCGCCUGGCACUGUUACAACUUGGCCUUUUUAGCUUAUCCUCUUUGUGCAAUUUUCGUUCUUGUUCCUAAUGGCUUAUACGUUUGCUUCUCUCAGGUUUUUGGAGACUGGUUACCGUUCAGACUUCAACAAAAUCCGAAUGAAAUUGUCCGAAAUGGCUACACUUCAACUUCAGAAUCUUGUGCGAAAAUCUCGUCAGCUGCGAGACUCAAUUCAGCAAGACGUCAUGAAGGACGAUUGUGUUUAUGUAAGCGACUACGAAGAAAGAAACCUGAUGAACUUUUUUGGUAGAGAUCCGUUUUCAGAAUAUGGCCGGCGGAGAAUAGAAGUAGUCACCUUAGAUUAACUAUAUAAAGUUUCAUUGAGUACCUUGAUUCAGUGUCAGUGAGCUAGAAUCUAUUCGCGCUUUAUUUCAAGGUGACCUUUGUGUGGUGUUCCUAUGCUUCUGUGCAAUUCCCUUAUGCGGUUUGAUUUUUUGAUUCGAUUACCCAAUUCCUUGUUACCCUUUCAUUGCAGAAAAAAACUAUAUAUAUGUAUAGCUAUAGACAUAUUCGAAUUGUGCUCUUGCAAAGUUUGUACGUGGAAUCGAGACUCUUUGAUUAACUUUAGUUCUUAUUAUUAGUCAAAUUCUUCUACCAGAAUUCUGCAUAAAUUCAAAACGUUUGUUUUUUCCUGUUUCAUAAUCAAUUGUGUAUUUAGGUCCAAGAUUGAUGAAGGUUUCUUUCUGUAGAUUUAAGUGAAUUAUUUAUUAUUUCAAGUCGAACUUAUUUUGUACAGUAUUGUUAGCCUCCAAAUGAAAAAAACUAGAAAAAGAAAUAUUUCAAAGCAAAGCAUUUAGUAGCCAUAUUGCGACUAUACUGUUGUAUUAUAGGACGUCAAAAUUAACUUGAGGGGAGGGGGGGAGUCAUGAUUGCAUGUCCAAUGUGGAUGGCCCUCAAUGACUCACUUACACUAGGCUCUAUUGCAAAGUUACGCUUUGUAUACUACUUGUGUCGUUAAUUUUGUACGAAAUAUUUUUACACGGAGUUGAUAUUUUCGGAAGACUUGUAUUAUAGAAUAUUUAAGCUUAUCGUAAUUUGUUGAGAACUUCCGUUCAGUUUUUGAGAGAAAAUACUAAAGAAACGUAAUUUUUUUUUGCCGACCAAGCGGUCAUGAUAAUGUUGAAAAAGUGUACGAGUUAUUUAUUAUCCAAAGGAAUACUAUUUAGUAAAUUAUCUGAUUCACUAUAUGUCAUGAAACUUUAGAUCGUGGUAUAUAUAUACUACACAAUGCCAAAUCUCUUUCAAAUGAGCAGAGCAGAAUGCUUGAUUAAAGAACAUUGCCA